UAAUUUUCUAAAUCAAGCUGAAAAUCAUGUUAAAAUUUGUUAAUUUAAGUUGAUUUUAGUAUCCAAACAAAAAGUUAACAUUCUUUUACAUCUUCUCGUGUUAUAAAGUCUUUUAAGGUAGCGUAAAGUUAAUUUCUUUUGACUUUUCGUUAUCUGCAGACAAUGUGAUUCGGCUUUCGCGUAUUUUCGCCCCGAAAUCAGUUAAUUCAAGCUAAAAAGUAGUUAAUUGUUCAUCUUCUGUUCUCACAAAAGUCAUUCUAGACGUUUAAUUACUUUCAACUUUGGAUUUCUACGGAAUUUGCCAUCUUUUAUUUUCAUAACAAAAGAAAAAAGAUCCAGCAAGACAACAUCAGACAUCCAGAGUGAUAGAAUUUGAUUUCAUAAAUUCCUUUGAAGAACUACAUUCAAAAUGUUUAGCACAAGUGACUUGCAAGCACUCAUUGACAAAGUUGAGGGUGCUCAGCAAGGCGUGGACCUCGUGAAAAUCGGUCAAGCUUUUCUUCAACAAGCUCCAGCACGUAGUCCUCGUCGAAUGAGAGUAGCUUUGGAUAUCGAAGGGUGUUUGGAUCGUUUCUAUGGUGGAUAUUAUAGCGAUUGGGCUUGUGGUGGUCAAUUUAAUCGAUGCUUUGAAUUUGUUCAACUCUUGGCUAAUGCAUUUCAAUCAGCACAGAUGGAAGUCAUCGUAUUCUUUGAUGGAACAUUAAAGGAAAACAAAAAACUUCAAUUGGAACGAAAUGACUUUCGACAGAAAACAAUUUCGGUUUUAAAACACAUUCGAAUGAUUGGAACACCACCACCAAAAAUUUGGUGGCUCCCACCUUCUGGUUUGAAGACUUGCAUUCGUAAUGCUUUAAGGACAGUUGAAAUUCCUGUGGUGCAAACAAUUCAUGAUCACACUAUGGAAGUCAUUGAUUAUUACAACGAACAUAAAUUGAAUGGAAUCAUUGGCCUCCAUCCAGAUUACAUCGUUUGUAAUGUUUCACGUUAUUUUAGCUCACACGAUAUGCGAUUAUCAUAUAAAGGAGCAUUGGAGACAAAAGAAUUUAUUGUCAGCCAAGUGCUUAAUCAUAUUCAGUUAAUUCCAGAACAAUUGGCAAUUGUUGCUGUUCUUCUUGGUGGUUACAUCUUGAUCGACGAUCCAACAAUGAAGGUGAUCUACCAGAAGCUUGAUAUUGAAUACAAUCAAGAUUUUGAAGCUCGCAUUCGACAAUUGUCCAAUCUUGUUCGUUCAUUGCCAGCUGGUAGUAAUGUCGAUGCUAUAAUAAGUCAUUUGAAUCUAGUGGAGUUUAAUGAUGUUCUGAAGGAAUCUAUUGAGUAUUAUCAACGCAAAGGAAUAUUUGGUGGAAAGCGUUAUCUUGGAAGCAAGAAAAAGCCAAUCACAGAAAUCAUCAAGAAUAUUGAUGUCAUUCAAGAUGCAACACCGAUGGUUCCAAUGGCAAGCGAAACAAAUGAAAAUGAUGAAAUUGCAAAUAAAAUUCUUAAAGAUGUCAACAAUCUUGUUAAUGAAAACGAACCACCAAUCACAGCGAGCACAUCUCAAGGUCAAGAAAUUGUCCGAAAAUGUGUAAAGUUUGUAUACAGCUUACCAGCUGAAGUCUUAAGAACUUCAUAUCAGCGUCAUCAAAGAGGUUCAAUGGAUCCAAGGAUUUAUAUUUUGUUGACAAAGAAAGAAAUUCUUUUGCCACAAGUCCUUGAAGAUGAACAAUAUCGUGAAAUGCCAUCCGUAAACAUUUUUUACCGCCCUGCACGUCAAAUGAUUUAUGCUGUUCUAUUCAAUCUUUAUCAUCAAAAAUAUAUGUGCUCGAAGACGAAAGACAAUUUACCGAUGCCUGAUGUUGUUAUCAAUGAAUGGAUUUGGUCGCCACAAAAUGAAUAUAAGAAGGCCGAAGAAGUUUAUGCGAUUCAAUUGCCAUGGGCGGUUCCAACAAUUCAAAGAUUAUGGUUUGGAACGACAUUUGAUGACAAACAUCGUCGCAUGCGUGCUUUUCUCACUGUUAUGCGAUCUGAUACGGCAAUGAUGUUGAAUCGAAAUUAUGUUCCACAACACUUAAUAGUGUUGGCAUGCGUUUUACGAUACAUGGUCACAAAUCCUGAUCGAAAUGUUUUGUCACGUCAUGAACUUGAUGCUUUUCUUGUAACAGCAUUUUCACCUCAAUUAGCUAACGUUGAGUAUACACAAGAAAUGGUUUUGCCAGGUGUUUAUCUGCGUGGUGUCUUCCUUGCUACACUCUUUAUGCAAGGCAUUGAAACAGCACAACUAGCUAACGAUGCAUGUGGUGUUCCUUUACCUUGGAAUCUUACAAAUCCGUGGCUCUUCUUCGAUGGCAAACUCUUUCAUCUCAAAUUGCGAAUGGCUGUUUGCUUGCAAAAUCUUCGUGAAUUGUGUGAUGAUCAAUUGGAAAUGGUGAUGAAGAUUGAGCGUUUUCGUAAAGCAAUUUUAGAAGAUGUUGAAAAUAUGGUUCCACCAGUUGAACCAAUGUAUCGUCAAAUGUAUCAAACAGCUGGAAACUAUCAACAAUCGUUUGGUAAAAACAUUCAAUAUCCACUUGUCGCCUCAAAUAAUUACGGUGGCUAUGUCUCAGCAUCGCCAAUUCAGCAACAACAUCAACAACAAAUGUUCUAUAAUCCAGGAUUGUAUCCAGGAGGUGGACAACGUCAGCAGAAGAAUCAAUUAAUGACAGCACAACAAAAUGUUGGACAAAAAGUUUCCCAACGUGGAAAUUGCAUACCACCAGUUGGAUAUCAGAAAAAUAACGGAUAUCAAUUGAAAGUUGGUGGAGUUGUUGUCGGCUCGUGGGCUAAUGGAUCGCGAAAUCCUCAAAUUGCUCGAAUGAAUCGUGCAGGGGUGAUUCGUUAUCCAAUUAAUCAACGUUCAACUCGUGGUGGCAACUAUCGCUAUCGUAUAGCAGCUCCUGGGUCAAUGUCGACAAGUGGAUUCAACCAGAAAAGUCCUCAACGUUUUGCAAAACAAAAGAAACUGAAACCGAAGAAGGAAAACAACAAAACAGAUGACAAAAAUGAAGAGAAUGACGUUGAGAAGAAAACAAUUUUAAAAGAUGAUGUUGACAGUGAUGGCAAUGAAAACGGUGAUCAAUCACAAGCUAAAGAAGAAGUCGUUGAAUCAAGAGAAAAAGUUCCUCAAGAAACUUUAAAACUUGAAAAUGAUGAUCAUCGCAAUGGAACAUCUGAUGACGGUGACAAACAACAAUGUGAUAAGAUAGAUGAACAAGACACAACUGCCACUGACGUGCUUUCAUCAAAUGCUGUUGAUAAUCAGCAACAACAAAACAAUAAAAAUGGUAAGAAUAGUCUUAAGAAGAUAAAAAAGAAUACCAAAGGAAAGUUAGAUUCGCCUACAAGCGAAGAAGCGAGCGAUGUUACAGCUUAAAGUGAGAGAAAGUUGAUUGAUUUAAUUAGAUUUAUAAAUCCCAAGUUUAUUUCCUUAUUUUUUCCCAAGUUAUUCUAACUUGAUCAUUGAAAAUAUAUUAAAAUGUGAAUCUUAAGUUAAUUCUUAAAUUGGAAAAUUUUUCUAAACUUUUUUUCAUAAUUUUGAAAACAAUAUCAUUAAUAAUUUUUUUUCUUAUCUUUUUGAAUUAAAUUUGUUAUCAUUUCAUUAUUGAGUAAUAUAAAUGUUAAUGUUUAUUGAAGAAAUUUUGUCACACUUUAUAUGAAGAAUGAGAAAUCGGAAUGAAGAAUUUUUAUGAAUCAAUUUUAUUUCGGAUCUAUUAAUUUUUUUUGUGUUUGAUAUCUUUGAAAAGAAUCUAAAAAAUUAGAUUGUAAACGACACAAUAAAAAGAAACUAAAAAGGUGAUCACACCUAUGAUGGAUCCUUAACCAGUGGCUGAAGGCAUUCGAAGCUUCAUCACUUUAAAAAGAAAAUAAGUGUCAAUAAUAAAGUUGCGUCUUUUGUAAAGAGGUUUUCCUUUCUCUAAUGAGUUAAGUAUGGGAAGUGUUGAAAAGACUAAGUCAUGAAACGUCUUUGAAAUCAGCACCUCAUUAUGAAUCAAAAAUGAGAAAGAAAA